UAUCCCUACCACCACCACGUAACACUCUUCAGAAUAUCCAUCUCUUCACUAUAGUAAAUUUCGAUUUUUCUACGUACAACUGUAGUCAUUUUGAAUUUUGAGUCAGUUUCGUGAUCAAGUGCCGACCCAGAAGGACGUUCCGCAAGGAAGAAUAAUUUAGAAGCUAUAAGAAAGAAAUACGAAGAGAAAAAAAAAUGAAAGUUUCAACAAAUGAAGUCAUUGACGCAAUACAAUUCUGGGACAAGACUGUAGAAUUAGUAGGCUUCGUUGGCAAAGUAUUUCCCAGAAUAGUAUCAGGCAACACGGAAUUACUAAAAUUUUUCUUCUGCAAUGACACAGGGAAAAAAAUUCAAUGUGUCAUAUGGAACAAGCAGGAUAUCGAUGCUCUGGAAAGGAACAUCGUUGAGAACACCAAAUUGCAUAUUGAUGGCGCAUGUGCUAGAGUCCCGAUAAAAGAAGGCUACAACAAAGGAAAUGUCAAUUUCGAAUUACAGUUGUAUUCUACAACUGUAGUAACUUCAUUAGGUCCACGAGAAUUGGAAGCAGUAGUGGCAGAUGAAAACAUUUUGGAGGUUGAGAUGGAUGAUAUAGUACACCAUGAAAACGAAACAAUAAAAUUAUUUGCAUACAUUAAAAGCAAAUUUGUUUAUCAAUCGAUUGGUGGCAAUCAAAACUUGGGAACAUAUGGAUGUGGGUCCGUCACAGACGGAAAUUUCAAAUUGGAAGUAAGAAUCGCAUCUUUUCGGAACACAAUGUCUUGUGAGAAAGGCGAUCCAGUUAAUAUACUUGGACAAAUCCGUUCACAAGGACCCAGGAUAUAUCUUCAAGUGAACACAGAAAAUGAUGUACAAGUUGUACCUGAAACGGAACGAUUGCCAGUGCGAGAUUUGAUGUUUGGUUACAGAGAAUUGAAGCGAGUAUGCGACAGACAAAAUUCCAGGGAAGAUCCAGAAUAAAAAAUAUAUGACUGAAUUAUCUCGUCAUAACGUGAAAGCUUAAGAUACAUUUUUCUUUACAAAUUUUUUUACAAAUAUAUCUACAAAAUUUAUUUUUAUUUAACUAAUUAAAACAAAAAAAUUUAUAAUGUGUUCAUAUAAUAUCAAAAAUA